ACAAAUGUGAACCCAACGAGGAAAACCAAAAUAGCUAUCAAGACAUCUGGCAGGAGCUUGUUAAAGUCAGGAGAACACAUCCUUCACAACUGAUCUGUGGUUAUCUUAAUAUCAACAGUCUCGCGGGAAAGUAUGAGCAGAUUCAAGACAUUUUACGGCGUAAUCUUGUUGAUAUGCUGUUCCUGGCAGAGACUAAACUUGAUGACUCCUUUCCUGAUGCCCAAUUUGCAGUUGACAACUACACCUUAUGGCGGGCCGAUCGAAAUAAGCAUGGUGGAGGAGUGCUAGCAUACCUAAGAUCAGAUGUAGCUGGAGACCGAAAACCCACCCUCGAAUUUAAAGACAUAGAGUCAGUGGGCAUAGAGCCAAAGACAUUGGAAAUGCAGAUGAAAAGGUUGAUGAGGACCACCCAAGUAUCAAGGCAAUCAGAGAAAAUACUCAAGGUACAACACAACCAAGUACAUUUUCUUUCUCGCCCAUUAAGGAAGAUUUUGUCAAUAAAAAUAUUAAAAAAAUCAAUGUAAAAAAGGCCACAGGUAUUGA